AUGUCUAAAUACGCUUGGUACACCAGAGUUACAGAUACAUUACAUCGUUUAACGGUGCUGACGUUAGUUGGUGGUACGUUAUACAUGUCCGGCGGCUUGGCUUACACUUUAUACAUGAACGGUAAGAAGUACGAACAGCAAGUGACUCAGCAAAAGGCACUAGAAGAAGACAACCAACAGCUGCAAAGCCCCACUGCACCUCCUACAGAAUAA